CGCAAGGGGGUGGGGGCUGAGGGAGGCAGGGGAGGCCGAGCGAGCCCGAGCCCGGGAUCGGGGAGCGGCGACGCCGCCCAGCAGAGGUUUUUGAUCUGUAGCAGCCGCCGGCAGGGCGACCCAGCCCGACCCCCUCCCCUCCCCUCCCCCUCAGCCACGAGCGGCGGCGGCGGCGGCGGCCGGAGGGAGUUGGCGGCGGCGGCCGAUCGGAGGGGGCUGAGCGGGGAGGGAGGGAGGGCUGAGGUGUCCCCCCUGCCGGGUGGAAUCGGAGGCGGCGGCGGCGCUGGCGGCGGCCGUGGUGGCGGAGAAGGCAGCGGCGACGGUGGAGACGGCUGCCCUAGUGGGAGAGGCGGCGGCGGCGGCGGCCGAGGAGGAGGAGGGGGAAGCGGCGGCGAAGGGCUCCAGACCCAGUUCCUGGACCUGCCCUGGAAAAGAAGUAUCCAGUAGAGAUGAGCUCACUGCAGUUACUUAAUUAAAAAUUUGUAAGCUGCAAAAGUGGCAAUGAGCCAAGCAAGAAAAGCUACAAUUUGAAUUUUUCUAAUUUCAGAAAAUGCUUGGACAGAAGAGAUGAGUACUAUUUCCACUAAGGCCUAGAAUUGCCUACUGUACAGCUAAUCCUGAUCAGGCAACAUACGAAUGGCCCAAGGAAGCCACCAAAUUGAUUUUCAGGUUUUACAUGACCUGCGACAAAAAUUCCCUGAAGUACCUGAAGUUGUUGUAUCCAGGUGUAUGUUACAGAAUAAUAAUAACCUGGAUGCCUGCUGUGCCAUUCUCUCUCAGGAGAGUACAAGGUAUCUGUAUGGUGAAGGAGACUUGAACUUCUCAGAUGAUUCUGGCAUCUCUGGUCUACGCAAUCACAUGACUUCUCUCAACUUAGACUUGCAGUCACAGAACAUUUACCAUGGAAGAGAAGGAGCUAGAAUGAAUGGAAGUAGGACUCUAACGCACAGCAUUAGUGAUGGACAACUUCAAGGUGGUCAGUCCAACAAUGAACUGUUCCAACAGGAGCCACAGACAGCACCAGCACAAGUUCCUCAAGGCUUUAAUGUUUUUGGCAUGUCCAGUACUUCUGGUGCUUCCAAUUCCACACCACAUCUUGGAUUUCACUUAGGCAGCAAAGGAGCAUCUAACCUUUCUCAACAGACUCCAAGAUUUAAUCCCAUCAUGGUGACUUUGGCCCCAAAUAUCCAGACUGGUCGUAAUACUCCUACAUCUUUGCACAUACAUGGUGUACCUCCACCUGUACUUAACAGUCCACAGGGAAAUUCUAUCUAUAUAAGGCCUUACAUUACAACUCCUAGUGGUACAACUCGGCAGACACAACAGCAUUCUGGCUGGGUGUCUCAGUUUAAUCCCAUGAACCCUCAACAAGUCUAUCAACCUUCACAGCCUGGUCCCUGGACUACUUAUCCUGCAUCUAAUCCUCUGCCACAUACCUCAGCCCAACCGUCAAAUCAGCAAGGCCACCAGACCUCUCAUGUCUAUAUGCCCAUCAGUUCACCUACCACCCCUCAGCCGCCCACGAUUCAUUCAUCCGGUAGCUCACAGUCUUCUGCCCAUAGCCAAUAUAACAUUCAGAAUAUUUCAACAGGACCUCGAAAAAACCAGAUUGAAAUCAAACUUGAACCACCACAAAGAAACAGUUCUUCAAAAUUGCGUUCUUCUGGACCUCGAACCUCCACCACUUCCUCUUCGGUCAACAGCCAGACUUUAAAUAGAAACCAGCCCACUGUUUACAUAGCUGCCAGUCCUCCAAAUACUGACGAGGUUAUAUCCCGUAGCCAACCUAAGGUCUAUAUUUCAGCGAAUGCCACCACAGGAGAUGAACAGGUGAUGCGGAAUCAGCCCACACUCUUCAUAUCUACAAACUCGGGGGCCUCUGCUGCCUCCAGGAACAUGUCUGGCCAAGUGAGCAUGGGGCCUGCUUUCAUCCAUCACCACCCUCCCAAAAGUCGAGCCAUAGGCAGUAAUUCUGCAACUUCUCCUCGAGUGGUGGUCACUCAACCCAAUACAAAAUACACUUUCAAAAUCACAGUUUCUCCCAAUAAACCCCCUGCCGUCUCACCAGGGGUUGUCUCCCCGACCUUUGAACUUACCAAUCUUCUAAAUCAUCCUGAUCAUUAUGUAGAAACAGAGAAUAUGCAGCACCUCACGGACCCCAAUUUAGCACAUGUGGAUAGAUUAAGUGAAGCCCGGAAGUUGAGUAUGGGAUCAGACGAUGCUGCCUACACACAAGCUCUUUUGGUACACCAGAAAGCCAGAAUGGAACGACUUCAAAGAGAACUUGAGAUUCAAAAGAAAAAGCUGGAUAAACUAAAGUCUGAGGUCAAUGAAAUGGAAAAUAAUCUAACACGAAGGCGCCUGAAAAGAUCAAAUUCCAUGUCUCAGAUACCCUCGCUCGAAGAAAUGCAGCAGUUAAGAAGUUGUAAUAGACAACUCCAGAUUGACAUUGACUGCUUAACCAAAGAAAUUGAUCUUUUUCAAGCCCGAGGACCACAUUUUAAUCCCAGCGCUAUUCAUAACUUUUAUGACAAUAUUGGAUUUGUAGGUCCUGUGCCACCAAAACCCAAAGAUCAAAGGUCCACCAUCAAAACACCAAAGACUCAAGACACAGAAGAUGAUGAGGGGGCUCAGUGGAAUUGCACUGCCUGUACUUUUCUGAACCAUCCUGCCUUAAUCCGCUGUGAACAGUGUGAGAUGCCGAGGCAUUUCUGAGCCAGAGGCCCUGUAUCUUCUCUAACACCUUAUCCAAGUUCAAGAAACUCGCGUGUCAUCGGGGAAGAGUUUCACUGCUCCGUAGGGUUUUGUCAGAUUGAAGGUGUGACGAGAUGGUGUUGUGCUCAUGUUAAAAGCCGGCCCACAGAGUCAGUGAUACCUCAGUGUGAUGUCAUGGGCAGGCGGAAGUCAUCGUGCGGAAGGUCGUCCGCUGAAGGCUUGGUUGGACGAUGCCCAACACUCGAAUGCCUGCGUGUCCCUCGUCCUUGGCUCCCUCCUGUCACCCCUGAAUCUUGGCAAGAGGAAGGAAGAGAACGAUGGCUUGUGUUCUCUGUAACACAGUGAAACACUGCAUGCGCAAAGAGAAGGAACAAGGUUCAACUGUUCAAAGACUCUGCUGCCACGUUGUGCCAACGGAGAGGGGAAGAACGAAACGUGUCUGUGGUGCUCUCGCCUCGGCUCGGUCUUCCCCGAAGCCAUCUCUGUGAAGCCAGCGUCCAGGGCCUCCGGAUGAAAACGCAAGCAGCGCAUGUUGUCUGUACAAGCACACAGUGAAAUCUCCCCAGCUUGUCCUACUGUACACAUCUCUCAAGUCUGCUUUAAGUGACUUCUUCUUGAUGAUUUUCUUAUAUUUCUAUAUGUAUAGUGUAAUAGCCUUUUGUUAACUAAUUUUCUUUUUUCCUUUUAGUGAUUAAGCACGAUCAUGUCCCUUUUUAAGCCUUACCUGAGAGAAGCAAUGCCAUAAAAUAAAAAAGCAUUAAUGAAAUGAAA